UGUCUCCCCGAUCGCUCUCGAACCUCGCGCGUCGCUCGCUCGCCAGGCCCGCCCAACCACGCCGCCACUUGCCCGGAAAUUUCGUCGCUUGCUCCGUCGAUCGAUCGCCUAUACCACAAGCCGGCAGUCUCCCAUGCCUGUGCGCUAGCUAUCUGCCUUUGACUACCACACCUCCACACAUGGCGUGCGUGAGAGCGUGAGCUUCUACAAGCUCAUAAGUCAUAACUGAGUGUCUGAGUCCAAGCUCCAGCCGGUCGAGGUUCGCGUGUGCGUGCGUGUGUGCCGAGGAGGAUCGAGCUGGCCGGCGGGGAGACGAAAACUACGUACUCCUGCUAGUUGAUGGCGUCGCAGGACGUGGACGACAGCAACUUCGCGCUGCACGGCCGCGGCGUGCCGCUGCUUGUCGGCCUGCUCGCGCUCGUCGUCGCCUUCGUCGCGGUCUGCCUCUACCUCCGCUGGGCGUGCACCCGCAGGCGCCGCCGCGCCGCCGACCUCGAGGCCUCCUCGUCGGCCGCCGCGGCGUCGCGAGCGAUCCCCGGCCUCGACGCCGACGCCAUCAACGGGUUCCCCGUCACGCUCUACAGCCCAACGCGUUCCGCUGGGGUGAAGGCCGGCGGUGGCGAGGAGGAGCAGGUGGCGAAGGCGGAGUGCUCGAUCUGCAUCAGCGCGCUGGUGGCCGGCGACAAGGUCAAGGUGCUCCCUCCCUGCGGCCACUGUUUCCACCCGAACUGCGUCGACGCCUGGCUCCUUGCCCAGCCCAGCUGCCCGCUCUGCCGCACUACUCUCCUCCCGGUGACCGCCGGCGGCAAACCCGACGUCGACAACGGAGGCGACUCCCCGGUGUGAUUCGUCAACCACCAAGACAACGCCCUAGAGCGCGCAGUUGUAGUUGGGCUUUACGAUAAUUAUACACUUAUUGUGGGCUUUAUUUGGUUCAUGGGGAUUGGUGGCAGCCCACGUACGGAGCGCGUACGCAUGAGACUCCAGUGUCAACGUGGGCGCCGGCUGAGUCCACAUUGGCUAACUGACCUGCAGCUAGUGGAGGAUAACUGGAGUAGCGGAGGUUGGCUAACUGACCUGCAGAUACCUGCACGAACGGAGCAAGUAGAGCAGUUGCAGCCAUGAUGGAAACUGUGCGUAAAGGACGAGGUAACCUUGCCUGAUACUCAUGUUAGUGCGAUGCUGGCUAAGACAUCCACGUCCUCCUACUUUUGCCCGGCUGGACCGCCUCUUUCGCUCCCACAGCCACAGCUAGGCCGCACUCUGCCGGCCGGCUGUGCCUUUUCCGAGCACGACCGGUCGACCGCUCGGCCCGAUUGAGCUAAACGUCGAGAACCAUGUAGUCCGAUCAGCAGUUCAGCCGCAUUUUUUAGAUUUUGCCGUUCGUCCAGGCGAAAGAUAGCACUUGUCAAGGUAUGCUAGACCGGAGGUUCUGUACGUGCUUCUGUUUUCUUCGUAGGGUGACUCCGAGAUGUCCCCGAUUAUGAGCUAGUGGGGCAUUUGUUUGUGUUUUUAGGGCAUGAGGCCCUGAUGGCAUAUUAUUUCACUUAUUAUCGGGUUUUAGAUA